AUGACUGCCAGCACGACCUCACUUGCGCUCGCGACGGGCGUUGUUUUCGCGCUUGCGGUUCGAGCGUUGCUCGGCCGCAAAAAUCGAGACAGGGCUCAGGCUCUCCCUCCUGGCCCGCCCGGGCUCCCGUUCUUGGGCAACCUGCUUCAGUUGGACGCGAAGGAGCCCUGGCUUGCGUUCACACAGUGGAAAGAGAUUUAUGGCGACAUCGUCUAUUGCAAGCUGCUGGGACAAGGCAUUGUUGUCUUGAAUUCGCACGAGACCGCCGUAGAACUGCUGGAUAAGCGCUCAGCCAACUACUCUGACAGGAUGUGGGGGUCGUCGAUGCUUCAAUCCUAUCAGCUUGACGAUAUGAUUGUGUUCUUGCCUCACGAUGACAAAUGGCGCGCCCACCGGCGUCUCCUGCACCAAGGUCUCCGCCAGGAUGCCGUCAAAAUGUAUUACCCGGGCCAGCUGCAAGGCGCGGUCGAUCUCGUAGAAAAUAUACGGAGCUCCCCGGAAGCGUAUUAUACUCACAUACGCAGAUUCACGGCGUCUGUUAUAUUGCGGGCAGUGUACGACCAUCAAUUGGACGGCGACGAUGACGCCGUGCUACGCACGUUAGAAGAGGGUAUCGACUUGAUGAACAGGAAUGUCGUGCCUGUCAGCGCAAUACUUUCUACAUUGCUCCCUGUAUUGAGGUAUAUACCGAGCUGGGCUCCAGGCGGCUGGCGAAAUGCAGCUCAACUUCGUCACAUGAUUCGUGAGAUGCUGGACAUGCCCUUCGCUUCGCUGGAGCAGAGGCUGGCUUCCGGUGAAGCGGGCGAUUGCUUCGGCGCUAAUGCGCUGGAGAGAUUCAGGAACACAGAUAAAGUGAAAGACUUUGAGACGAUCGUGAAAGACGCCUGUGGCUUCCUAUAUCUCGCUGGAAGCUGGGGAGGAAACACUUCAUCGCUAUCUGUAUUCAUACUUGCCAUGGUCCUCUAUCCAGAGAUCCAGAAGCGUGCGCAAGAUGAGAUCGAUAUAGUCGUUGGGACGGACCGUCUUCCCGAUUUUACCGACAGACCGUCGCUUCCGUACCUUGAAGCGCUAUACCGCGAGACGUUGAGAUGGAGACCAGUUGUGCCUCCAGGUGUGCCCCAUGUAUCAACAAACGAUGAUAUCUUUCAGGGUCAUUACAUCCCUAAAGGCGGGUCAUUGAAAUCUGACCACGAGGCCAUGUCCCAAAACCCGGAAAAUUACCCAGAUCCGUCGGCGUUCAAACCCGAACGUUUCUUUGACCAAGAUGGAAACCUGAACGACGAUACUGUUGACUACGCCUUCGGGUUUGGGCGACGUAUUUGCCCGGGGAGACAUGUCGCAAGCGGGUCCAUCUGGGCGGCGAUGGCGAAUAUCUUAGCAUCUUUCAGGAUUGAGCCAGCGAAGGAUGCUGCUGGAAAUACGGUGAAGAUUGAGGACAUUGGGUGGAGCUGUGCUGCUACAGUGUGCCCCAAGCCGUUCCCUUGCAGCAUCGUUUCCAGGAAGUGAAGGAAGUUUCUAGUAUCCUCGAACCUUAGUAGGGCGGUAGAGGUUUAACCCAAAUCUUGGCCUACGAUCUACC